AUGACGCGCAUGUUGUUCAGUGAUGUCUUGCGGGAUUCAGCGGGCCGCAAUCUGCCCCGGAAACCCAUCGCACACAGUGAACCAUCAACCAAUGAGACAUCAGCGGACAAGAAGACCCGUCGUGUAGCUGAGAGGAAACUACACGCAGAGACGGUAGCACAAACUACUGCACCAGCAAGUGCCCUGCGCUUAACAGGCUCCAACCAUGCCCCGAAUCGUGUCAAACUUAUCCUUACCACAGUUUUGCCCUGUAAACUGUCAAAAGAAGCGUAG